AUGUUUAUUCGUAAAAUUAUUACUGUUUUAACGACCUCUGUGUUUAUUGUCUAUGGUGAAGUACCAGAGGUUGUAACUACUCAUGGCAAAGUCCAAGGAAAAGUUUUAACGACUUUGUUAGAGAAUAUCCAAUAUUUUGGAUUCAUGGGUAUACCUUACGCUUCGCCGCCACUGAAGAACUUAAGAUUUCUGCCACCACACGCCAUCGAUCCCUGGGACGAAGUGCUCAUCGCUACGAAAGAAAAAAGCGCCUGCAUCCAAUUUAACAUCAACGUAAAAAAGGGUCAACCCCUUGGACAUUAUGGCGUAGAAGACUGCUUAUAUCUCGACAUAUUUACUCCUAAAUUAGACAACGAGAAACGCGCGGUCAUCGUUUUUCUUCAUAAUGAAUAUUUCACUUGUUCUUAUAACAAAACUAAGGACUACGCACCAGAUUUUUUCAUAGAAGAAGAUAUUAUAGUAGUAACGAUCAAUCACAGAUUAUCCGUGCUGGGAUUUCUUUCUUUUGAAGACAACUCGUUACCGGGAAACGCAGGAUUAAAAGAUGUUGUGGAAGCUUUGAAAUGGGUUAAAAAUAAUAUAGAUCGAUUUGGAGGAAAUCCAGAGAAAAUCACAUUAAUGGGAUCGCAUGGUGGGGCUGCGGCAGUUGAUUUGAUAAUUCAUUCAAACGCAAAAGACUUAUUUCAUUCCGCUAUAAUGCAAAGCGGCACCGCGUUAUCGACUAAUUAUUUGCAAAGUGAGGUGAAAGCGAGAGCCUUUCAACUAGGCGAACUCUUAAAAUUAAGUACUAGCAGUAGUCAAAGAUUACUAGAAUAUUUAAGAGGUGUACCCGCUUCAGAUCUUUUAUAUAAAAAUAUCCAUGCUAGUCCAAAAGAUUACUAUAAAGAUAAUCAAAGAAGUGUAUUGUCUUUCGGUCCAAUUGUCGAGACACAACCCGACGGACUUAUAACUGAAUAUCCAGAAAAUUCUUCCGCAGCUAUACAGAUUCCUACUAUGAUUGGAUUUAAUUCUCGAGAGGGAUUAGAAAUGUCUCUUCAAUAUCUUAUAGAACCAAAAUACCUUAGCUUUGUUGAAAAGGACUUUCCCUUCCUAAUGCCAAAACGAGUGAACUUCAAAUUUAACCCCAUACAAGAAGAAUAUUACGCGGCUAUUGAUGAUAUAAAGAAAUUUUAUUUUCCAAACAAGAAAGUUAGAAUAAAGAAUAUUGCAGAAUACGUGACGUACAUAGGAGACGUACUGAGCGCUUAUCCCGUCGACAGUACAGUGAACAUGUUUGCCAAUAAAACAACAAGUUCUGUGUAUUAUUAUUAUUUCGACUAUUACAGUGAAUUGAAUGAAAACAAGAACAAUCUGAUGAAGUUAUCUAGCGUCGAGGACGGCACAUGGGGCGCUGCCACGGGCGAUGAGCUAUGUUAUUUAUUCAAGUGUCCGAGCUUAAAGAAACAAUACUUGAAAUACCAUAAAUCAUUGUCUAAGGAACGAACUAUCCAAAGAAAAAUGGUUAGAAUGUGGUCAAACUUCGCAAAAUAUGGAGAUCCUGCUCCGGAAGGUGAUAUUGUACUUGAAAAUCUAAAAUGGCCUCCUUACGAUAUCCAUACUAAAAGAUACUUACAUAUAUAUGAGAACUUUAAAAUCAGAACUGAAUUAUACAAGGAAAGGUUUCAGUUUUGGGACCAGUUCAUUGACACCUGGAAGAAAAGAGCUGUAAACGGGAUAGUGAGUGGAAAGAAAAAUAAAAAUGAUGAAUUAUGA